CACGCGCACGAUGAGUAAACACUGAUUCAGGAUUUAAACCUGUUUUAACGGAUACAGUUGAUAACCAGCGUUAUGACACCUGUUAACAAUAAUUAACCCGGAUUAGAUUUGAUUGGCUUUCUGCCGCGGUAAACGGAGUUCUUUUUUGAGUUCCCAGACUUCUCAAUAAACCGGGAAGUGUAAUAAGUGUAAUGGGGAAAUGUUAAUAGCUCUGCUCUAGAACAUUGCAACAAACUGGCAAACCCCCAGGACAGGGAAUUAUUUAUAGACCAGGGCGCGACUUCGGACACAGUCAGAGGGGUAAAACGCGUGGAACUUCUCGCCUGGCUGUUGAGUUACGAUUUGCUGAGUGAAGAUGGAGGAUGGAAAAGUUAGAGACCAUUCGUACACAAAACGAAGAAAACUGUUCCUCCUGAUUGGAGUCGCUGUGCUCGUACUUGUGGCUGUUCCCGCUAUUGUUUUGGGAGUGAGUGCAGCUGGGAAAAACUCCGCCAGCUCCUCGGACAGUUUCAAGAACGUCGUCAUUACAAGAUGUGAAACAUACCUCAAAGAAAACGGCAACAUGUCAGGGAAGAAUGACUGCGAGAUAAUCUGGAGGGCUUUUGAGCAGGCCUACAUCGGGAAAGAUCCAUGUGAUGUUCCUCCUGAUGCAUAUGAUCCUCUAAUAAAUUCAGUCAAACAGGAUGUUGCCUGUAAUACUAUGUUGUUCUGGAGCAAAACAAAAACCAUGGUACAUGCAUUUACUGACAACAGAGACUGCCUGGUCACGUUGGAGGAUACACUGCUUGGAUUUUUGUUCGAUGAACUGACUUGGUGCAGCAAAAACGAAAGCAAAGAAACGUUCACUACAGAUUGUCCCAGGUGUCAGAACAACCCAGUGCGGUCUUUCUGGAUUAGGGCUUCUGCUAACUUUGCUGCAAAUGUGUCUUGUGGGAAUGUGUCUGCAAUGUUAAAUGGAUCCCUGGAAGCCCCCUUCAGCUCCACAAGAGUGUUCGACUGGGGACAUUCCAGUGCCACAGAGGCCAACCACCAAAAGUCAGUGACCACGUAAAGACAACUGGAAUGAUCUACAGCUCAGAUGGGAAUAGCUGUUACCCCAUUUGUAUUUGCCAAAAGUCAUGUUGAAGACAAAGGACUAUACAAAUGUAAAAAGGUUCUCUGGCCUGAUGAGACCAUCAUUGAACUUUCUGGUCUUGGCACAAAGCAUCACAUUUGGUGGAAACCCAACACUGUUCAUCAUCCUGAGAACACUAUAUUGUAGGAAUGCUUUUCAUCAGCAGAGACUAGUAAAUUCGGCAGUUUUUAAGAGCAAGAUGAAUGGUGCCAAUUAUAGAAGAAAACUUGCUCCAGUUUUCAAGAGACUUCCAACAAAACAACAAUCCUACACAUAUUGCUAAAGAUACACUGGGGUGGUUGAAAACCUAAGAAUGGCCCAUUUAGUCUGACAGUACUUAAGCAGUUUUGCCAUGAAGAAUGUACAAAAAUUUCAGGAUCCAGAUGUGCAAAGAUGAUGGAGAUAUUUCACAGACGACUUGCAGCUGUAAUUGCUGCCAAAUGUACUGACCCUGGGGGUGUAUACAUAUCCAGGGCACUAUAAACAGAAAAAAAUAAAAUCCGCACAGAAUGCAUACAUAAAAAUUUUUUUAUGUAUUAAAAAUGUUAGUCAGUUGUAGUAGUUGAGAGAUGAUAGCAGUGCAGUUGGGACCCGCCACAGGUACACUCUCAGAAAGGAUGUGUUAAUAUCCUACACACUUUUUGUGUUAUUACUAUUUCAAUGCAUGUUAUGUUAAAUUAUCCAAUAAUUGUGUUAAAAAAAGAAAAAAUUCACACAUGACCAACACAACAUGUGCUAAAUUAUUGUCCAAUCACAUUGUGGACUGCGCUGCCGAUGUCAUCAUCCAACUCUGAACUCGACUCAAAGUGAAUGUUUGUUGCUUUGACCUUUUGAUUGUGACAACGGAGUCGGAGUCCUGAGGCGAGGAAACAACAUGACCACCGGUAAGUCAGCGUUCAUCAAUAUUUAGUGUUAAUGCUGCUGAAAAUGCCUGGCCAAGUUUGUAAUAUUUAUUCAGGGAACUCUCAAGAAUGUAUUCACUGGAAAACAGUAACUCAGUAAGUGAUAAUUAACUUUACGUUUGCGUUACACUGUCGUGUUUAUUUUGGCUGUGAAAUAUGGACUGAGGUUAUUCUGUAAUUCUCUGGGUCUGCAUCUUAUCUGAGGCUCCGCGUUAGGGUAAGCUAGCUGGAUGCUGUCACCAAUCACAUGAGGGAUGCUAAGCUAAACGCUCACCUGAGUUGAUAACAUUGCUUUAGCAUACACCUCGAGGUAAUAUUAGACAUUCCCAUUACCUUUUUGAAAAUUAAAGAUAACAUAGCAUUACAGCUAUUCACCAUGAUGUAAUGCAGAGAGUGGGUUAAUGUUAACUACAUUUAGCAGGUGUUUUGGACAAGGCAAGCUGUAGUAAUUAGCAUUAGGAGGAUGGGUUAGAGCCGUGUUUCUUCAUGUAUUCGGCGAAUGUUAAUGCUGGAUAACAGAUGCAGAAAGUCAGUGGCUAAUAGAACUUAGCUGGCUCAGUAAUGUUGAGGCCAAAAUUUCUUCACAAGGUUAACGUGACAUAAAGAGAGGAUGGGGUUUAGGUUGGGAUGCUUUCCAUUAUCUCUGUAAUGUUGGGUGACUGAAAUAAAUUUGGCAGUGAUGUGCUAAAGGCAGGAAAAUAAAUAUUCGCAAAUUAGCUAGAUUUUCCUGGUGAGUCUACAGUGCCAUUCUGUUCACUGGGAGAGUGGAGGCCACAUUUUCAAAAUUACACAAUUUGGGAUUAUGUAACACAAUUUCUCAGUUGAAGACCAAAGGCAUUUGUCCAUAUUUUGUAGCUAACAACUAACAAAUACUCUUUUUGCUCUUUUACAGCUUUUGAAAUGGAAGGGAGUGGGACUGUUGUCUCCCCAGAUGGCAGGGAGAUUUGUAAGAAGACGCAUCAACUCCGAUUAUUACAUCUGUCAAAUGUUUAAAUUAUUUUAAUAAAUGUCACCUGAAUUUCA